AUGGCCGGAUCUGACGAAGAGACGGUGGAGGUGGGCAUGAACGAGGAGUGGCAGUUGUGCGGCUUGGCCAGAGAUGACGAUGAGGACAACAUGGACGAGGACCAUGAGGCCCUAUUUGGCGCAACAUCUAAUGAUGUUAUUCCCAUCGACGGUGAACUCGUUGAGGAAGAGGAACCAUCUGCAGCAGAUGGUAACAGCGCCAAGCACCCACGCCCCUCUACCUCUGCUGUCUGGGCUGACUAUGAGAAACUAUUUAAGGAAAUCAAUGGUAAGAUGGUCAAAGAAGAUGUGCUAGGUCUGGUUCUUAUUGAUGUGUCCCACAAUGGACAAAAUAUUGCUGACCGUGUAGCAUCUGUUCUUGUUGGUUAUGGUUUGUCUGAAAAGGUGUUUGCUGUUACUUUAGACAAUGCAUCGUCUAAUGCAUCAGCCAUACAUAAACUGAAACCUAUUCUGUCAAAAUACCUCGGUCUUGAAGUAUUUGAUGAAUCAGAGUAUGCAUCAUCUAGUUUCAACAACGCAUCAUCUAGUGCAGUCAAUUCUAAGUUCUUGCAUCACCGUUGUGCAUGUCAUAUUCUGAAUCUGAUUGUCAAGGAGGCACUAACUACUCUUAAGCCUUUGAUAGAAACAUUUAGAACUGCAAUAUCAUUCUUAAGUUCAUCUAAUCAGAGGAUUGCUGUAUAUAAAAGCUACUGCAUUGCAACUAGUGUUAGGCCUAGAAAGUUUCAACUGGACAUGGAGGUUAGGUGGAAUUCUACCUACCUAAUGCUUAAACAUCUAUUUCCUCAUAAGUCCCCUUUCUCUACUUUCAUCCAAGCUCAGUAUCCUAGGGAUGAAGGUGAGUCUUUGCUGUUAACUGAGGACCAUUGGAUGAUGGCACAAAAAGUGCUAUUAUUUCUUGAGUUGUUUUAUGAUGCUACUGUCACAUUGUCUGGUGUGUACUAUCCUAUAUCUCCACUUAUGAUUCAUUAUCUUGUUAAGAUUUCUCUGCACCUAAAAAACUAUGCUAAUGAUGUGCACAUCAGAUCUGUGGUGCAACCUAUGAUAGACAAAUAUAAUAAGUAUUGGAGGGACAUAUCUUUACUUUACUGUUUUGCAUUCAUCUUGGACCCCAGAGCUAAAAUGAAAGGUUUUACAAGGGUGCUUAGAAGGUUAGGUGGUCUCACCAGUACUGAUUAUUCUGCUUAUUUGGUUGGCACUAGAGCUGGACUUGCUGAUGUUUACAAUAAAUAUGAUGAGAAAUAUGGUGUUGUUAGGUUGAGGAGGACUGACCCUCCUGUCCUGUCUGGUAAUUCAAGAUCUGCUGGGGAUGAAAUAUAUGAUGAUGAUGGUGGCGGUCCUAUUUUGGGUGGUAUCUUGCCUGGUAAUCCUAACAUGUCUAGAGAUACAUCUGCAACUUCUCUGCUGCAUGCAGUAAGGUCAUCAGCUUCUAAUGCUUCUGAACUAGUGUCCUACUUGGACUGUGACACUAUCAACCACCUAACUGAUGACUUUAACAUCUUGGACUGGAUUAUCGAGGAGCGGCGAAGGAGUCUGAAGCCUGAAGUGGUGGAGAUGCUGACCUGCAUCAAAGAAUGGGAGGCUGCAGAAGCAAGACUGCAACAGAAUGUAGAGGACAAGGAGCUUGAGGAAGCUUUUGAAGAACUUUAUCUUGAUUCAUGA